AUGAACCAUUUGGGUGUGAGUGUCUCACCAAAUAGCGUUAUAAAAACCCUUGAUUGUGUGGGAGAAGAUUUUGAAAAUAACAGAGUAGCUUGGAAUUCAAAAAUCAUUACACACCUUAAAGAGGAACUUGAAUUAACAUCUCAAAUAGAACAAUUGAACAAUGAAAAGAAUGAUUUACAGGAAAAGCUUGGCACACCUGGGCUUGGAAAUGAUAACAAAGAGCUCAACAAAGAAUUAAAAAGAGUUUGUGAUGAUUACAAUAAGGAAGAGGGAAAAUUAAUAUCUCAGAGAGGUGGACAUCCUCCUACUUAUUGUGCAGUCAUUGAUAACUUUGACCUUAGAAUCGAAGCUGCAGACAUGACCUCAGACAACCAGACGAAAGAUAUUCACUGGUACGGUGUAAUCACAGUGUCAUUUUGGACAGGGUUUCAGCACUUGAUAGUGCAGAUGAAAAACCCAUUGCAAAUAUUCUUGAUGUCCCAAAUGCAACUUUUGUACCAAAUGUUACUGAUCAAUGUAGCAUACUCAAAGAUUUUAUUGUCCUGGUCUCACGUGUUUUUCUUGAACAUUUUUCAAAAUUUCAAAACACAUUCAAAGAUGUUGUUCCUCAGCAUAUUCAGCCUAAAUACAGUAAUGAAAUGAGUAAGAGAAGUAAAAAAGAAAACAUGGGAAUCAUUUUUAAAAAUGAAAACAAAGGGGAAGACAUGAUUGACAUUGCUCGAUAUCUUCAUAACCUAGUUCCAAGUGUUGGUGAGGAAAAGAAUGAGAAAUUUAGAAGGAUGCCUGUUGUAGGGGAUCAGCUCACAAUAGAGAGAGGAGUUGAGGCAAAGUUCAGUGUGUCAAAUGCUUAUACACCAAGACGAUGA